UAAAUACCCACCUCCACCACACUAUUAUAACAACCUCGCCUCCCUUCCCUCGCUCUUCCCAAGUCACAGCUACGCACGCACGCACGCGCACCACGAACCAGCACGCGCACCACCCAAUGGCGGACGACGCGUACGACGACCUCCCAAUGGCCGGCGCGGAGGAGGAGGUGGACGACGUGAUGAAGGACGAGCUCGACGAGGAGGGGGACUCCUCCUCCCCCGUGGCAAUGAAGGUCGGGGAGGAGAAGGAGAUCGGGAAGCAGGGGCUCAGGAAGAGGCUCCUCAAGGAAGGGGAAGGAUGGGAUCGCCCCGAAUCCGGCGACGAGGUCCAAGUUCACUACACCGGCACUCUCCUCGACGGAACCAAGUUCGAUUCCAGCCGCGAUCGUGGAACCCCCUUCAAAUUCAGCCUCGGCCAAGGGGAGGUGAUCAAGGGGUGGGAUGAGGGUAUCAAGACGAUGAAGAAGGGGGAGCAGGCGGUGUUCACCGUUCCGCCGGAGCUCGCCUACGGCGAGGCCGGCUCGCCGCCGGCGAUCCCGCCCAACGCCACGCUGCGGUUCGACGUCGAGCUGCUCUCCUGGGCCAGCGUCAAGGACAUCUGCAAGGACGGCGGAAUCUUCAAGAAGGUGCUCGCCGAGGGACACAAGUGGGAGAAUCCCAAGGACCUCGACGAGGUGCUCGUCAAGUACGAAGCGAGGCUCGAAGACGGAACUGUGGUAUCGAAAUCUGACGGUGUUGAGUUUGCUGUCAAAGAUGGCUAUUUCUGCCCGGCGCUUUCAAAGGCUGUCAAGACGAUGAAGAAGGGCGAGAAGGUCCUCCUCACUGUCAAGCCACAAUAUGGCUUUGGUGAGCAAGGCAAACCAGCUUCUGGAGCUGAAGCUGCUGUGCCGCCAAAUGCUACCCUGUACGUCGAUCUUGAGUUGCUCUCCUGGAAGACGGUCACUCUGAUCGGCGACGAUAAGCGCAUCCUGAAGAAAGUCCUCAAGGAAGGGGAGGGCUAUGAGCGCCCUAACGAUGGAGCAGUAGUUAGAGUGAGAUUUAUCGGCAAGUUGGAGGACGGCACUGUGUUUUCCAAGAAAGGGCAUGAUGGUGAUGAGCCAUUUGAGUUCAGGACAGAUGAGGAGCAAGUCAUCGAAGGGCUGGACAGAACUGUGGUCACCAUGAAGAAAGGAGAGGUUGCAUUGGUGAGAUUACCACCUCAACAUGCUUUCGGAUCCACUGAGACUAAGCAGGAUCUUGCUGUUGUUCCUGCAAACUCCACAGUCUGGUAUGAAGUUGAGCUUGUCUCAUUCGAGAAGGAGAAAGAAUCAUGGGAUUUGAAGGACAAUGCUGAGAAGAUUGAAGCAGCUGCCAAGAAGAAAGAUGAAGGGAAUGUGUGGUUCAAGAUGGGCAAGUAUGCUAAGGCCUCCAAGAGAUACGAAAAGGCUGCGAAGUACAUCGAGUAUGACAGCUCCUUCACUGAUGAUGAGAAGAAGCAAUCGAAAGCACUCAAGGUUAGUUGCAAGCUCAACAAUGCUGCUUGCAAACUGAAGCUGAAGGAAUACAGGGAAGCAGAGAAGCUCUGCACCAAGGUUUUGGAACUGGAGAGCACAAAUGUAAAGGCCUUGUACAGAAGGACGCAGGCAUACAUUGAGCUUGCUGAUCUGGAACUAGCAGAGUUGGAUGUCAAGAAAGCACUGGAGAUUGAUCCUGACAACAGGGAUGUGAAGAUGGUGUAUAAGACAUUGAAGGAGAAGAUCAAGGAGUACAACAAGAGAGACGCCAAGUUCUACGGCAACAUGUUCGCGAAAUGGAGGAAGCUGGAACACAUGGAGAACAAGAAGGUGCCUGGGAAGCAGGAGGCACAGCCUAUGGCCAUUGACAGUGCCGCUUGAGGAUUAGCUCUGCUUUCUUUUUUCUGAACCUGGUUACUGCUAGUACUACUGUCUCUACUGGUUGUAUGAGUAUGAAAUAUGAAUGGAAAAUGGUAGUUAAUUUGCCCUUUGCUUGAUAGUUGCAGUCUUUGCAACUCUGCACCCAUAUGUGCUCAGCUUUGUACGAGAAGUGGUUGCCGUCAUUUGAAGAUGUGAUGCUGUGAUUGUAUUGUGGUGUUAGAAGAGCAAAAAUGCCAUAACGACACUUUGGACUGCGCUACUAAUGUUGUUCUUUCUUGUUUCUAUUGCAAUAUGGUAUAACAUCUGUGCCUUGUACGCAGGACGUAUGUCCCGACA